ACGAGACUGCUGCGAGCGCGACCCCGUAUGUGAACACUAACAACUGUGAAGAAAUACAAAAGGAUCUUUUACACACUUCAAAAUCAAAGCACCGGCUGUUCAUCGGUCAUAAGAAUGUGAACAAGAUAACUGGUGGAGCUUCUCCAUGCACCUACAUCCCUUCCAUUCAGACCUUCUAGAAUGUUCCUGAAGACGGUUCCUCCGGUGUUGGCUAUUCACGCAGAAUGGAGAUCCAGUAAAAGCUGCAGCCUGCCUUUGUUUUUCAAUGACAGUGCCUCUGACAGCGACCUCGCCUCUGCUAGCGGCACCCCCUUCCCACAAAAGAUCCAGAUGAUCAUAGAGAGCCUCCACAGCACCCAGUCUUCGGACAUGAGCGAUAACGUGCAGACCGAAAAGGCUGCUCACUCCAGCCAUGAGACUGGCUUCAAGAGUCAAAUGCGAGUCAUGGACAUGUCAGUGAUAUCCCGGCGACAAGGUACAGAAACUAAACUAUGGAAUGCCGGGUCUGAUACUGGAGAAGAUUCAGAUAGUGACGACUCUGUGGACAGGGGCAUUGAGGAGGCGAUCCAGGAGUACUUGAAGGAGAAAGUGGACCAUAAGCGCAAAGGGGAUCCUGUGACAAGUCCAUCCCCAGCGCCCAAACUUCAGCGGAGGGAACCAAGUGUGCCAGACGCUGCCAAACAGCAUACACAUUCCAGUAGCGGCAAGGUGCUAACUGCUAGCAAUCAUAUCCAGAAAGCUUCAACUGGUGUGCUACCCUUAAAGAAGAAAGUCAAAAAGAAAAAGCUAAGCAAAGAAAAUCCCUUUAAGAAAACAGACACUAGUAAAGUGUUGCCCAUGAAAAUUCCUCCUCCAUCCAGAGGUAAAAAAGGAUCUUCCUCGUCUUCUGAAAUGGACAGAUCUCCAUCUCGUCUUGUCAUAAAGGAAGAGGAGGAAUGGCUCGAUUCAAGCAGCGACGAUGGAAUCGAAGAGGAGAUUCAGAGAUUCCAGCAGGAGAAGAAAGAUAAACAGGCAGGUGGAAAAGAUGCCUUGAGAUCCUCGCAAAAAAAUGACGACUCUGAUUCCAGCAGCGAAGAAGGUAUUGAGAAAGCCAUCUGUUGCUUCCAGGAAGAAAAACACCAGCAGAAGAAAAAGAAAAGUCCUCUUAAACCUGCCCAACUUGUGCCUGCACAAUGUAGCAAACCAGACAUUGUUUCUCCUGAACACACAAGCAUUCAACCACUCAAAACAAUGUCCAAGAAGAACAAGAAAAAAGUGACAGCCAAGAAGUCUGAUCACCCUACACCACUGGCCGUAAGCCACUUUUUAAACAAGUGUUCCUCCCAGAACUCCAAAGUUAGAGGGUUUACAGUGUCCCCUAUGAACCUCAAGCAAACCCACACGGAACAUCAGAUCAGCACCAGUUUGAAGGUUAAUACUGCUGAGCUGAUGUGUGCAGAAGCCAUUUUAGACAUCUCAAAGACAGUCAUGCCCGAGGAGUUUGAUUCCAACUUAAGCAUCACUAACAGAAAUUUGCUUCAGACUCCAACUUUCCUGCCUAUUGCACCAUCUGAUGAUAAAAGUGAAGACAGCUCUGUUGACAGUGAGGACGGAAUCGAACAGGAGAUAAGGAAAUUUUUGGAGCUGAAAGCAAAGAUGAAUAAAGAGCCACCAACGACAACCGCCGCACCUUCACCAGGUUUAGGAGAUCCUAUGGCAGGUAAAGAGCCAAAGAAAAAGAUGAAGGAAACCCAGCCAAAUAAAGUCGCAAGGCUCUCCUUGUCAAGGAAACGUAAAUUCAAAGAGGAGCAAAGUAAACUUUUCAGAGAUGGCGACAUGGUUUGUAACGUUAAAGAGGAGCCAUCUGGGAAACUUCUGGUCCAUAGUGACGCCACCAGAUCUCAAAUUUCAUCCGCUGAGCAUUCUACCAUGACAUCACAUUCAAGCUGUCUAACUGGCGGGAAAAAUAACAAGCCAAAACAGACCUCUCCUUCUCGUAAGAUUACAGAUGUUUCCAUACCCAAAGGCAAAGGUUCGAGGUACAGUUCGUCCAGCCCAACUAAUUCUUCAAGGACUUUAAUUGGCUCAGAGAGAAAUGACAGCAGUGACAAAAGCAGCUCAUUGGACAGCGACGAGGAUCUGGAUGCUGCAAUUAAAGACCUGCUUAAGACAAAGAAAAAGGUGAAAAAGAAAGUGAGGGACAUAAACGCAAGAAAAGGUGUCAGAACUUUAGAGACAUCGUCUUUGGAUACGAAACAUAAACCUUCCAAAGAAAAGAAAAGCAUCCCACCUGCUAAGGCUGUUAAAUCAUGCGUUUUAAAAGGUGGCAAAGAAACACUGAACGUUCAAGCUAAAGACAAGGGUUUCAAAAGCAAAACAGUUAAGAGCAAAUCAGAAGUCCAAGAAAGCCUCACACGCACAGACAGAGUCACAGGAAAUGGUGGAAUUCUCAAUGCAAGUACCCCAGAUUGUGACUUACCCUCUUCCAAUCCACGUGCAGAUGACGUUCCAGAUGAAGACAGUUCUGUGGACAGUGACGACAGCAUUGAGCAAGAAAUCCGAAGGUUUUUGGCUCAGAGAGCCAAAGUGGUCGCACCUACAGCUGCAAGCAUCAAACAAGAAGAGGAUGUAGGAGAAUCCUUGACCUCAACUGCAGAGUUUGGUGUUAAAUCAGAACAUCAACAGAUUCCAGUCGAAACACUUCUGUCUGCUUCAACAGAAGCUUCUGGUAGACUACGGAAUGAUGAAGAGUGUUGGGAACAGGAAUCCAUGGUUGCUCAAAGACAAAUGGACUCACCUGCUGAAUUCGAUAAGGGACCAGUUCUCACACCAGGCAGCUCUUGCAUAAUGGGUUUCAGGAGGACUGUAAGUCAAAAAUUUGAGAUCUCAACCACAAGAGAUCCCAAAAAUAGCACCCCCUCCCAGGAAGGAAAAGAUGUAUUUUCCAAUAAGGCCACUCCAGCAAGUGAUACCAUCAUAUCCACCUUCUUCCCAACGCCCUCUGUCGGCUCAGGAAUGCCCCAACACCAGAACCUGUUCCUGAUGAGGCCCGUCAACAGCAGUAUGAGCGAAGUUAAGGAAUGUUCCUCAACAGACUGUAAGGAACUUGCCUUCAGCCAUCAGAGUAGAUUAGCUCCUAGGACACCUUUGAAGGACGUCAUCAGCUCUAUUUGUCCCUCACCAGCCUCCAAAACGAAACCUCCCAUGAACUUCCCAACAGAGAAUCCUGGGGUUGCCACAGGUGACCUCUCGACCCCUAGGAGCAGGACAGAGGGGCUUAACCUACAUAAUCACAUGAAGACGGAAAAAAGGGACAGAUACCUAUCUGAUAAACCACACUUGUCCCCAUCUGUCUCUCACUUGUGCCAGCCCUCACCUGUACUGCAGCCCAUCCUGGGCAGUAGUGAAACCCAGGUAGAGCGGGACCAGACAGUGCAAAAGUCAAACCCCCUGCAGGUCAAACAAACUGAGACUAGUGAGUCCAAAACAAGUUUAGAAGAAAGACACAGGGAGGGAGGAAGUGAUAGCAAAGAAGAGAAAGUCCAGGCAAGAGAGGAGCAAGAAGAUGAGGAACAGAAAUGUGUUGAUGAGACAGAUGUAGAAUCAGAUAAGGAAAGUAAAGGUCAGAAGGUAAAAGGCAGGAGGAAGCAGCUUCCCAAUCAGAAUUUGUCCACAUCUGUAGAUCCAGGGUUUUUACUAAGUCCAUAUAUCGCCCUGGAUACAGAGGAAAGGUGUCUGAAAUUUCAAGCAAGAUGCCUCCAAAUUCAACAACAGCUACAGAUGAACUGAAGCCACUGGAAGCUUUUCUGAAAAGGAAGUUCUUAUGUUCAAAAGAAUAUUGUAAUAUGAUUUAAUUAAUUUAAAAAUAAGAAAAGCUGCAAAACAUUAUGAGUUAUUUAGUUAUUGUUUUAUAAUGGUUUUAGACAAAUUGAAAUUUCUUAUUUUAUGACAGUCAUAAUUUGAAUUGU